AUGGAAGUGGAUGACAUUUAUCGCGACGGGGAGUCGACGGCGGAUCUCUCGCAGCUCCAGGGCCGUCCUUCCCUGCGACUGGCGUCGUUACCGAGCACACCGCCCCCACCGACGCCGCUGAAGUACCGCGACACCAACACUCUGGGGAAUUCUAAACAAUGGCGGUCUCUGCACUGUCGUCGUGGCUUGGUGGCCACUGCACGGACUGCACGGACAGCACCGACAUCGCCAACGCGCUCACGUCCUCGAGCGGCAGUCGUGCGGAGGCCGCUCACGCCGACUUUUUCCGCCAUUCCGCCGCUCCACCGCCCCGUCAUGACGGAAGCGGACGAAGAUCAUGUCAACAGCAACAGCAGCAGCCGUUUCUCUCUGGUUUGUGACGUUCCUGUUGCGGGUGGCACCAACGAGAGAAGAGUGAGCGCUGGCGACGGGGAAGGAGGAGACGGAGGAAACGAGGAGGAAGAGGAGAGUUUGGCUCAGAGCAGUCGAUGGGUCUCGUUCUCUUUCGCCAGCGCUCUCACCUCGCGACGACAGUCCGAAAGUCGCCCAUCGUCACCGUCACCGCAACCGCGGGCGGCAAUCAUUCCGUCAAAUUUCCCAAAUCUUCACCUUUCCGAGGACGAGUACAACUUGGCGGAGGGUGUGGACGCUACCACGCGCUGCAGCCCAACAACAACGACACCGUUGCUGUCCUUGGGACGGCCGCCGGUUGUUUUCAACGACACAUCUGAGGAAGCCCGAGAGAACAAGGAGGAAGACGGUGAUGGUGGGGAGGGCAGACCGAUCAAAAAGGGAAGAGAAAGCCUGCUUUUGACCUCCGCCCCCUUCUCACACACAGCAGAAGUUAACCAUUUUCUUCCUACUGCUACUGCUGGCGCUAUGACUUUCCCUAUUGGAGUGGAGGGGCUGCCAACACGUCAAAGUCGUGGAAAACGUGAGCGGUCGGCUUUAUCGUCGCCAUUAACGACGUCCUUUGUUUUAUGCGGCACAGAUUCUUCAUUUGAGGGUGCUGCUGAAUCUGCGACAAUUUCAUUGGGAGGGCGGGAGGGCGAUGUGGUGGAUAAAGCGAUGUGGCCAAACACGGACUCUCAUCUGCCGCGGGCCCGGCGUCUUGUGGAGACAACAAAUCUUGAGGAAAGCGUUGAGCGCAGCAUUUUGAGCGUUGCGUCUACCGCCACCAUGCGGCAGCCAAUACCAACGGUCGAGGGCGGAGGGUCGCUGGUUCUUGUGGACGGUCCCACUCCAACCCCGUGGCGCGGACGCCUCGCUCCUGUUGUUACUGCAACCACCGAAAAUAAGCCCUGCGGUUCGAUGGUGCUCGACGUCCGCUGCAGUGAUGCCGCUGUUGCCCCCGUGGCGCUUUUUGCCGACGCACUCGCGGGUUGCAGUGACGGCGGAAGUGCGCAGAAGGGCGAGAGGAGCGAAAAUGACGAUAAUGAACGUGCUGUUUCGCAUGAUUCCAAGUGCUGCAAUGCGACGGGCAUGGCGGCGUGUGAGGAGAAGGAUGUGACACGGAUGGAAAACACGGUGGGCGACGGCUGCGGCGUGGUUGACGACGAGCGUUUGGCGAUGCCGAACUCAAUUGUGCGCCCAAGUGAGGAAUUGAAGGCGUUGAUCGAAUCCGCAAGAGAGGAGGUGCGCCGUGCGAGCAAACGGAUUCUUGCCGCUCUUCAUGCCCACCGCUGCGCAUCGUGCGAUAAGAGUGAUUGCGUCCAAAGCAACGGCAAGGGCAGCGCCAGCGGUGUUGCCGACGACGACUGCACUUGGGUUGGCGACUCGCCGCAAUUGGCGUUUGGUCGAUCAUUGACCGGGCCGAGCGGCGAUGGGGCCGGCAGCCCGUGGAUAUCGAAAGACACUGUGGUGCUGCGACGCAAUCUGGCGGCGCGUGCGGGCUGUAUUCUACGCCGUUUGCGUGGCUACGACCCCACCGAUGUGGGGAUUCUCUCACUCGCUGUAGUGAUCCGCGUGGUGCGGCUGGUGCUGUUUAACGAUGCCACGGCGGACGCACUGCCGGUCUGUCGCAGCGAGGGGUCGGCAAAUCUCUUGUGGGGUCUCGCCUCGCCUUCUUCGGUGUGCAGUGGUACGCCGGAAAGGAAAAGGACGCGACAAGAGGUUUGUGCCGCAGAGGAGAGCGCAAUGGAGUUGUGCAUGAGUCUCUGGCGUUGCUUUCGUGAGCACUUUGGGGAGCGCCACGCGGCAAAGCGCUUUGGCAUCUGUGGCGAUGUGGACGCAGAAAACAGUGGGGAGGACAACAGCUGCGGCGGCAGCCAAAGCCCCUCACACGCAUUCGCGACAUGCUUCCCGCGCGUGCGACAGCAGUUGGGUCUACCGGGGCAGCCGCUACCGCCAUCACCGCCCCUAUUAGACACCCGCAUUGACUACAAUUUAUUUGCCGCCAGUCUCGCCGAGUUGAAUUAG